UUAAAUUUUUUUUAUUGGUCUAAUUUUUCCCCUAUAGAUGCACAAAUUCUCACUCUCUCUCAGUUUAUCACUCCCGUGCUUUCGUUAGUUGGUCUGUUCGCAGUUUGCAAAGCAAGGGGUUCUCCUCAGAGUUCAUUACAAGAUGGAUUGGCAAGGCCAAAAGCUAGCUGAGCAGUUGAUGCAGAUACUGCUGUUGGUGUUCGCGGUGGUGGGUUUCCUCACUGGUUACAUAACUGGGUCGUUCCAGAUGAUGGUUCUCACAUAUGCUGGUGGUGUGGUUCUCACCACAUUGGUCACUGUCCCCAACUGGCCUUUCUUCAAUCGCAACCCGCUCAAGUGGUUGGACCCGAGCGAAGCUGAGAAGUAUCCCAAGCCGCAGCCACAGCAGCCUGUAAGUUCAAAGAAGAAAGCCUCCAAGAAGUAAGAAGUUUGUCACUUUUGACUGAUCACAGCAGUGGAGUAGCAUUUGAUAGGUUUCAGUCUGUCUUUUGUGACAACCAAAUACCUGUGCUAAAAUUUGAACGAGACAUUUACAUUGUAAGACUUAUAUUUUCAGCACUUUAUACAAUGAAUGACUAGAACUAGAAGAGAUGUUCUUGGUA